AUGGGCACAGGUACCGGUCUCGCCCGGCUCUUCAGUCCAGGACAGAAAAGGGUUAGGGUGGGUGGGAGAAGAGACAGCCUGUACCGGCAGGUGCAAGAGAUCACCAGCAGCCCGACCGGGGUCGGUAGCAGGCCGAGGGUUGGUUUGGGUGCUAUGGAAUUUGGAAUGUCCCUACCGCGUCGCGUAAACUUGGUGUACGGUGACCCGGUAAAGAAACCAACUAGGAGGAGAAGGAGGAGGAAGACGGACGCGCCAGGGGCGGACCGAGGGAGGUCAAAACCGGUAGCUCAACUACCGGCGGCGACUUUUCCCGUUGUACACCCCAAGCCCAAGUCAACACCAGUGAGGCCAGCUGUUCCAGCUUUGCAGGAUCCAGUUGACGACUCGCCAGUGGCGGACACGGUCUUUAACCAGGCCCUGAUGGAAUCGCCACCCACAACUCCGACUACUUCAACCCCCGGGAUUCCAGCGAUGCCACCCCCAACCAGGAAGAGUGGAGCUGUAGAAUCCCAGGCCCGUCUUGUGGUCGUUGGAAAACGAAAGGCGAUUGUGUCACCAGGCGACCAACCAGCCAAGCCAAGUCCGCCGACACAACCGCCCCCACCUAAUUCAUCUCCAGCGAACGACCAGCCCGCCGAACAACCUUGGUCACUGCAGGCCGGCAAGCUACCAACACGCUACGCGAGGCUGGUGAAGACCAACAUUGGGGAUGUCCGUCAGCUUCUUUGCGAACCGAGCCCAGAGUCGUAUCAACCUCUGCCACGAACCGAAGGAGAGUUCUCGGUGCGUAGGAUCACGAUAAACGAUGGGCGAGGGAUCUGCCUUACCGUCCGCCGGAAGGGACUUUUCAACCAAGGGAUGCUUCUCGAUGAAAUGGACAACCCGACCAUCCACCGCGUCAUCAAGACCGUUGCCGGGGAAGAUUACCGUCCAAUCACCGAGAGCAUCGCCAAGUCCGCAAACCGGUACGCCCUCAACCAUCUGGACUCGUCCCUAUUCAUCGCCUCUCCGUGA